AUGUUUCUUUUUUUAGCUGUUAUGGCAUUGCUUGAUCCAGCUUCUAUAUCAUUGGGUGAGGAAGAGGAGGAAGGGGAAGAAGAAGAGCAGAUAUUGAAUGCAAGAUGUAUACCGACUGUUGGUGCUAAUGUUAUCAUCGAUGAUUCAACCGGUCAAUCGACAUCAAUCAAAAAUAAUCAAAUUACAAGGGAAUCGUCCUCGGGCACAGGUAGCAAUAGAAAUGAUCAUUAUUCGAAUGAAUCUGCUUCACUAAGUUUUACGCAACCUCAUUUCAUGUAUCAAGUUAUUCCAAAAGCAAAAGUAGCACCCGACAUGUGUGGAAGUGUAUGCAAAAUUACUGUAGACCAGAUUACGGAUUCGAUUUACUCGGAUUUCAUUAUUUUGAUGACUGGCGGGGAGGUGGUUCCACCAGCUGAAGAACAUAGACAAAUUUUAGAUGCAAUGGUUCAAGGAGAUGAUUAUACAGUAGCAUGUGAUGUAGACGAUGAAUUCCUUGGUCACCUCGAUUACGUGAUCGUUCACCUACCUUCCAUAAGACUUUUGCUAACCAGUGAACAACGUGAACAAGUUAUAGAAUCUGCUGUGGCACGAUUUAAAAAUGAUAAACAUCCAAUUGGUGCUUGCUUGCAAAUGCUACAGAAAAAUUAUAUCGGGUUCCCUUCCGUUAUCAGACUACGUAAUACGCUGAUGGAUUGUUUGAGUCGUUUGGUGAUAGCAGGAGAGGACGACGUAGAUUAUGCGGUGCCACGUUUGGGUAGCUCUAUCGCUCAAGGUUUUGCUGGUGAAGGCGUUUCUCAAAAUUUGUUGAAUACGGCUAUUCCGGACAAUGAAUAUGAUGUACUGGCACAAAUUCUAACCAGAAAAUUAAAAAUCGAUGAUGUUGAAAAUGUUGUUCUAAGAGAAGCUAUUAAGGCACGAAUGAAAGGAGGAUUGCUUAUUGGCGAGUAUUGGUCAGAGCCGAAUGAAUUUUUAUCAUCUGGUUGGCGUAUUCGAUUACGUGAUUCCGGAAAAAUUGUUCCACGAAUUAGUGAAGUUGAUGAUAUUUGGCGACGAUGCUACGAAACAAUGCCAGAUUGCACACAAAAACAAAUGUUAGCUUUUCUGGAGGAAAGAUAUGUGGGUGUAAGUUUGAAAACAAAACACCGAACAGCAACGAAAGAUAUUCUACUGAAAGGAUCACGAGUACAAUUUCCAAGUAGACCACGUUGUAUUGGAAGUAAACCUAUGCAAUAUGUUCAGAUUGAUAUGGUUGAAAUGGAAUGUUCGGAAUAUGGAGAUCGUUGUUAUACUAUGGCAUUAAUUGUAACCGAUCUUUACUCUCAUUUUGUAUUUGGUCGAGCAUUAGCUGAAGCACCGGAUACUUCGUUGCUUGUUCGACAUUUAAUGGAUAUUUUUGGAGCUUUUGCCCCACCAGAAGCUUAUCGAACUUAUACAAAUGAUGAAGUAAUUGGUCUUGUUAUAUCGGAUAUCGAGAAAUUGUUCAAAAUCGAAAUUAAAAAUAUUGGACGCGGUGUAAUGAAUCAUACUAAUCUUUGUGCUAGUAUGUAUAAGCGUGCAGCGGAAGAACUUGGUGGCCGUGAACGUUGGGUUGAAGCACUUCCAUUUGCAGUUAUUGAUUAUAAUCAGACUCCGGUUAAAUGUUUUGGUGAUCUUCGAAUUUCACCAUUUGAGAUUAUGUUUGGUCGAAGACCUUGGCGAAAUCAUAGUAUUCCACCAUGGGUACGCGGUGCUUUAUAUAACGAAAAUAUGAAUGAAACGAAAGGUUAUGCGGAAGAAAAUCGUGUGGAGAGUAUGAGCGGUGCAACAGAAAUGUGUCUGAUACGUUCUACUACACUUCCACGACGUCCUGAAGUUGAGGAACGAUUAGCUAAUGUGUAUUUAAGCGAAGUAUCUAGUAAUCGUGCUAAAAUUUCCUGCAUACUUGGCCGUUAUCCAGCAAAAUUCAAUGAUUCAGGUCAUGUUGUCGAUCCGGGUACUGGUUAUUUGUAUGAAGUUGGUGACUGUGUGUAUCUUCGUAAUUUUGAACAAGACGAAGCAUAUAUUGAUCGUCCAAAAAGGCGUCACAAUGAGUCAAAUUAUUAUCGUGCAAGUAUUAUUGAAGUGGAUUAUCAGAAUCCGGAUUUUAUGUAUAAAGUAUGCUACUGGAAUGAUAUCAUUGAUAUUGAUCAUCUUCCACCAGAUCAAUGGCCCGGUGAAGGGUCUUUAUCAGCUUGGGUUUCACCCUAUGAUGUUGCUCCUUCUACUGCUGAUCUCGCAAGACGUAGAAAUGUCGUAAGGCGUCGAGAACUAGAAUUUCAAUGUAAAUGCGGUUAUGAUUUCUGCGAGUUAGCUUAUAAUCAAAAUUGUCCAUAUAAAUUGUCACAAGUUUGUUGCCAACGACUUAAAAUGAAUUGUCUUUAUCAUUCUCGUAUAAAAGCACCACCAAUGUUGCGCCCAAAGAACCUAGCUGCACCUGUACUUAAAUUAGCAGCAGGUGGAGAACGAAGAUUGCUUGCAGUACCGAAGCGAAUGAAAUCUGAAGUCGAUCAUUCAAGCUCUCGUUGGGUUUUUCAAGGAGGUCGUUAUAUUGAACUAUUUCCAAGUUCAUCGAGCGCAACUUCAUCAUUAUUAGGACGAGAUGACCAGCAGAGUAAUGUUCACUUCGAUUAUGAUGUUGGAGCAUUUUCAUCUAAAAGAAGAAGAUUGCAGGUUCAGUAUGGUAACGCUUAUUAUUCGAAUUUUGUUUAUGAUGGAAAUCCAAUGAUUUCGAGGAUUCCUACUGAUCGUUCAUAUGGAUAUCAAGCAGUGGAACUCUAUGAACCGAAAGAUAAUCUAGUAAUUUCAAAUGCCAACGAAUUGGAAGGAUUAGAUGUAGAUGAUGAAACUAUUGAUGUUUCUUCAAAUGGACAGGAUGCGCCUCCCUCCGAAAUUCUUUCGAACCAGCCAAUAUUUCUUGCUCGAGAUGAUUCAAAAAGGACAGCAGAAGCUAGGAAUGGUAAAAUGCAGAAAAUUCAACAGAACCCUUUGCAAGUUGAUGUUCUAUCAAUGAGAAGCACAAAACGUAUAUCUGCACCUCCACAGCGAUUAAGUCCUACAUAG